AUGCCUGAACCAGCAAAGUUCGCGCCCAAGAAGGGCUCAAAGAAGGCCGUCACCAAGACCGCCGGCAAAGGAGGAAAGAAGCGCAAGAGAUCCAGGAAGGAGAGCUACGCGAUAUACGUUUACAAAGUCCUGAUGCAGGUUCAUCCUGACACCGGGAUCUCCUCCAAGGCGAUGGGGAUCAUGAACUCUUCCAUCACCGACAUCUUCGAGCGCAUCGGGGGACAGUUUGUGAUUCCCGCCCAAUUGUCCUUUAUUCGGUUUCACUUUGCUUAA